AUGAAUGAAGCCAAAAUUAUGGCAACUCUCAUGCAUCCAUCUACAAAUUUGGAUAAAGAUGAGGAAGGAAAAAUUGUUCCUGAAAAGAAAUAUAGAGGUAUGAUUGGAUCUCUAUUGUACUUAACUGCAAGUAGACCAGACAUAGUUUUUGCAGUAGGUUUAUGUGCACGUUUUCAAACUUCUCCUAGAGAAUCGCACCUAACUGCUGUUAAAAGAAUUUUCAGAUAUCUUGUCGGUACUACUAAUCUUGGUCUUUGGUAUAGCAAAGAUUCUAUUUUUGAUUUAAUAGCUUAUUGUGACGCUGACUACGCUGGAGACAAAAUUGAAAGAAAAAGUACAAGUGGUGCAUGCCAAUUUCUUGGAAAAGCACUCAUAAGCUGGUCAUGCAGAAAACAAAACACGAUAGCAUUAUCUACCACUGAAGCUGAAUAUGUGUCAGCUGCAAGCUGUUGCUCUCAAGUUCUAUGGAUUAAAAAUCAGCUUGAGGAUUUCUCAAUAAGGUACGAAAAUGUACCUAUUUAUUGUGAUAAUACUAGUGCAAUUAAUUUGUCAAAAAAUCCCAUUCAACAUUCAAGAUCCAAGCAUAUUGAGAUAAAACAUCAUUUUAUUAGGGAUCAUGUUAAUAAAAAGGAAAUUGAAUUGAUUUUCGUUGACACUGAUAAUCAACUAGCAGAUAUCUUCACUAAACCUUUAGUAAAAGAUCGUUUUAAUGUGUUAAAAGAGAAACUAAAAAUCAUCCAAAAUCCUAAUAUAAAAUGA